AUGCCCCCCCACACGUGUGCUGGAGACUCGAGGAAGCCCAACCCCAGCCCUCGCGGCGUGGGCGCCAAGGCCAAGGGAAACGGCGUCCCUUUGAUGCAGAGCAGUGGCAGGACUCGUGGUGGCCUCCAUGCCACUGGUCACCGAUGUUCAGUUGCUGACAAAGCCCAGGAGCUCCUCGUCCUUGAGGUGACAGACCAGGAGAUAGUCUCCCAGAUCAAGGCUCCUGUAGCCUCUCCUGCGGGCAGCGCCCCAGAAGAUCACGUCAAGCUCCCGCUGGCAUGACCCAAGAGGCUGUGACUGCGCUUUCCAGUGCAGGGUGAAAGCAGCCAGCUUGGCUGCAAAGUCCAUGGUUCCCUGGUCCAAGGUCAGUCUCCCAAGGUGCCCAAACAGGAGAAGAAGAGGAAGACAGGCCGGGCCAAGUGGCCAGUGCAGUACAACCAGCCCUUUGUGAAUGCUGUGCCCACCUUUGGCAGGAAGAAGGACCCCAGUGCCAACUCUUAA